AUGGCAGUGGCAUUAGCCAAUGCUCACAUAUCGACGUAUUUUAGUAGUCAAAUUUUACAAGUUAAUUUAGGCGAUUCCGUAUCGACCAAUACAGAUGCAACAUCAAAUGCACUUUUACAGGCAAUUCAGUUAUGCUACGUUCCACACCAAUUAAGCGAUGCUGAUUUGGAUUAUGAGGAUUUUGAACAGAAUCCAAAUAGUGAGCUACAAGUAAAGUAUGCAACGGAUCUGAUCACACACAUUAACCAUGCAUUGCUUAUUAUAUCUGUGGAUGUCAGUCUAGAAACACUCUUGUCGGUUCAUCACGUAGAGCCGUUUGAAAGAAGCGAUGCAGCAGAGCCACACAUGCAAGUUGAAUAUAUUAAGCUCCAAGAGUCUAUUUGCACAAGGAUUGCCAAGAGUGGAAUGGCAUGCAAGCAUGCCAUUGGUGCGCUUCGAAUAGGAGCCAUAUCAAGCAUAUUUGGAUGGCUCAGAUUGUUUAUCAUUGUAUAUCGCACAGUACUAUUGAGUGAUCUUCAGCCUGUAUCACUGAGCAUUCGCAAGAUGUAUAGCGAGUUAUGGCGUGAACUGAUUUCAUCUCUUUUACGCGGACUACCGAGUGGAUGCAGUCAGGUCAUUGUGGAUGUCAUGGAGGUAUUAAUUGAUCAUAUAAACCCAUCGUGUCAAUUGGCUGAAUAUCUGAUAGACAAUCGAUGGUGCUUAUUUGUAAUGGAAGUAGCGUUGACAAACAUGCUUCGAAUAGAAGGACAUUGGAAAUGGGUAUUGAGUUUGGUACGUCUGUUGCUCGUUCCCAAAAAAAUACGAGCAAGGCCCUAUGUGUGUGCAUGGAUAACAACGUUUGGACUCCUUUCGAUACUGCAGACAGGACCAUACCACUGUGUCGAGUUUGAGAAAGCAGCAGGUGAAUUGGUCAAGCAGAUUAUGAAGCGAUAUGGCCAAUUGCAAAGCAAGAGCGAAUCCAAUCAAGAUGCACAAAACAUACCACUCGACACGCUUAGUGAGGGAAACGAAGCAGAUAUGGAUAGAAUAGGAGAUCGAGAAUGUAUACGAAUCAGAGUGAAUGUAGUGCGAGACCAGUACGACCAUGUAGUGAUUGAUAUACGACCAGCAGCAAAAGAACAAACUGAACAAACUGGACAAACUGGACAGUAA